AUUUAUCAAUUUGAAACAAACCAUCCAAAAAAUAACAUAGCUUAAACAUACAUGAUUUCUUCAAAGGUCCGAUAAAAUCCUCCAUGUUCUUCUAUAUAUACUAGUUUGAGACUUCCACCAUUUACUUACAAAAUACAAAUCAAACCAAAUUAAAAAUCUAGUUGUACUAGAUCCUAAUAAUUUUAGCAAGUACUAUAUUGUUAACAAGCCCUGAAUUUGAUUCGUAUUGAUCCCUCUUCAAGAAACGCAGCAAAAAAACUUUGUGCAUGGCUGAGUUGAAGAUUUUUUGCUUACCAUUAGCAUCUUAUUGAGUGCAAGGAAGUAAACAUUUCGUAUUGAUACAUGGUGCAUGCCAUGGAGCAUGGUGCUGGUUUAAGCUUAAGCCCCUACUUGAAAGCGCAGGACAUCGUGUAACACUUCUUGACAUGGCUGCCUCAGGGAUCAACCUUAAAAACAUCAAUCAACUCCAAACUCUUCGGGACUAUUCUGAACCGUUGAUUCAAUUCAUGUCAUCUCUUCCUGAUGAUCAGAAAGUUGUUCUUGUUGGACAUAGCUUGGGAGGAAUGAAUAUAGCAUUGGCUAUGGAAAUGUUCCCUCACAAGAUUCAUGUUGCUGUUUUUCUUGCUGCUUUUAUGCCUGAUUCUACGAACACUCCUUCCUUUAUUUUUGAUCAGUUUGGUGCGAGUAUGGCUGCAGAAGAUGAUUACUGGUUAGACACAGAAUUCAAGAGCUCUGGAGAUCCAAAAGAGACCCUCACAACAAUGUUCUUCGGUUCCCGGUUUUUGAUUAAACUCUACCGCCUUUCUUCUCCUCAGGAUUAUGAGCUUGCAAUGACGUUGAGGAGGCCAUCAUCAUUGUUCCAAAAUGAUUUAUGGAGACCCGAGACCAAAUUGUCCAAAGAAAGAUACGGAUCAGUGAGGCGUGUUUAUGUGAUAUCCGACCAAGAUGAAGCAAUACCACCACAUUUUCAACGGUGGAUGAUUCAGAAUGCUAAUGUUAAAGAGGUUUUCCAACUUAGAAAUUCAGAUCAUAUGGCCAUGUUAUGUCAGCCUAAACAGCUUUCUAACUAUCUUCUUCACAUUAUCCAUUGAAAUUUGUUUUAUUUGGAGGUAAAAGUAGAAAUAGUUUGUGAAAAAUAAGUAUUAUUUACAUCGUCUAUGUGUAAUUUACAUUAAUAUUAUAUCAUAAUAUUUGAUAAAAAAAUAAACAUCAAUUACUUUGU